CUCGAUCUAUCUUCACCAUCAUGUUCACUAAGACCGUCCUCGCUCUCGCCCUUGUGGCUGUAACUUUGGCUGCUCCUUCACAGCCUUCCUACGGAUAUACUCCUGCAACCUACGACGCUCCUGCCAAGUAUGACUUCAAUUAUGCCGUAAAGGACGACUACUCCGGAAACGACUUCGGUCACCAAGAAGCUCGCGACGGUUACGAUACUCAGGGUUCUUACUACGUUCUCCUUCCCGACGGUCGUCUGCAGAAGGUCGCCUACACUGUCAACGGCGACUCUGGCUACGUGGCUGAGGUCAGCUACGAGGGUGAAGCUCAGUACCCCGAGUACAAGCCUGCUCCUGCCUACAAGCCCGCCCCUGCUUACAAGCCCACCCCUGCUUACAAGCCCGCCCCUGCUUACAAGCCCACCCCUGCUUACAAGCCCGCCCCUGCUUACACGCCCGCCCCUGCUUACAAUCCUGCUCCUACCUAUGCUUAAAUGAAACAAACUUGAAUAUACAUUUGAUGACUAUUUAUUAAUUAAACGAAAAUUCUAUUACCA